AUGGGCUUCGAGCUGGACCGCUUCGACGGGGAGGUGGACCCCGACCUCAAGUGCAACCUGUGCGACCAAGUGCUGGAGGACCCGCUCACCACCCCGUGCGGCCACGUGUUCUGCGCCGGCUGCGUCCUGCCCUGGGUGGUGCAGCGGGGCAGCUGCCCGGCCCAGUGCCGCCGCCUCUCGGCCAAGGAGCUCAACCACGUCCUGCCCCUCAAGCGCCUCAUCCUCAAGCUGGACAUCCGCUGCGCCCACCGCCCGCGGGGCUGCGGGGCCGUGGUGCCGCUGCAGCGCCUGGCCGACCACCACGAGGCCUGCGGCUACGCGCCGGCCCGCUGCCCCCACGACGGCUGCGGCCAGCUGCUCGACCGCCGCGACCUGGAGGCGCACGUGCGCGACGCCUGCGCCGCCCGCCCGGCCGGCCUCUGCGAGCGCGGCUGCGGCCUGCCGCUCACCCACGGCCAGCGCCACGCCGCCGACCCCCACGCCGCCGCCCCCCACGGCCACGGCUGCCUGCAGGCGCUGCGGGACCAGGGCGCCGCCCUGCGCGCCCAGCUGGCCGCCCUGCAGAAGCGGCUCAAGAGCGAGGCGCUGCGGGCCGCCGGGCGCGAGAAGGCGCUCCUCGCCCGCCUCGCCGCCGCCCAGCUCGAGCUGCAGACCGCCGCGCUGCGCUACCAGCACAAGUUCACCCGCUACAGCGCCCGCCUCGACGCCCUCGCGCGGCGCCUCCGCGCCCCCACGCCCACGGCGCCCGGCAAGGGUGAAGAAACUAAAGCCCUCACUCUUGUCCUUCAUCGUGAUUCUGGAUCUCUUGGAUUUAAUAUAAUUGGUGGACGACCAUGUAUGGACAAUCAAGAUGGCUCAUCUAGCGAAGGAAUUUUUGUCUCUAAAAUAGCUGACAGUGGUCCUGCUGCCAAAGAAGGGGGACUGCAGAUUCAUGACAGGAUUAUUGAAGUAAAUGGAAAAGACUUAUCUAAAGCAACCCACGACCAAGCGGUUGAAGCAUUCAAAACAGCUAAAGAUCCUAUUGUAGUACAGGUCCUUAGGAGAGCACCGCGUACGAAAAUCUUCAGUCCCUCUCAUGAAUGCCUCCUAGUUGAUAUGGGCACUCAGACGGAUAUCACCUUUGAACAUAUCAUGGCUCUAACCAAGAUGGGCUCACCUACGCCACCAGUUACAGUACUGGAUCCAUAUCUCUUACCUGAAGAGCAUUCAUCAGGGCACGACUACUAUGACCCAAAUGAUUACAUGGGAGGCAUUCAUCAAGAAAUGGACAGAGAAGAGCUAGAAUUAGAGGAAGUGGAUUUGCAUCGAGUGAACAGCCAGGAUAAGUUUGGACUUACCGUGUGCUACAGAACUGAUGAUGAAGAUGAUAUUGGCAUUUAUAUCAGUGAGAUUGAUCCCAACAGUAUUGCUGCAAAAGACGGCCGCAUCCGAGAAGGCGAUCGUAUAAUUCAAAUUAAUGGCAUAGAGAUACAGAAUCGAGAGGAAGCUGUGGCGCUUCUUACCAGUGAGGAGAGCAAGAAUGUCUCCUUGCUCAUAGCAAGGCCUGAAAUUCUCCAGUUGGAUGAAGGAUGGAUGGACGAUGACAGAAAUGAUUUUCUGGAUGACUUGCACAUGGACAUGCUGGAGGAACAACACCACCAGGCAAUGCAGUUUACAGCCAGCAUGCUUCAGCAGAAGAAAAACGAAGAGGAUGGAGGCACCACAGACACUGCAACUAUUUUAUCAAACCAACAUGAGAAAGACAGCGGUGUUGGUCGUACCGAUGAAAGCACUCGAAACGAUGAGAGUUCUGAGCAAGAAAACAAUGCAGACGAUCACACCACUUUCUCCAACACUCUGGAAAGCCAGAAGAAACUCACGUAUAGCCAGGACACGCUGGGCAGCGGCGACAUGCAGUUUAGCAACGAGUCGUUCAUUUCAGCUGACUGUAUGGAUGCAGACUUCCUUGGCAUACCCGUGGACGAGUGUGAGAGGUUUCGUGAACUUCUGGAGCUCAAAUGCCAGGUGAAGUCCACAAAUGCAUAUGGCCUGUAUUACCACAAUAGCACCCCAGAUAUGAGUAAAAGCGAUCAAGAAAGCGUGGACAGGGAGCUGGAGAUGCUGAAUGAGGAACUGCGCAACAUUGAACUGGAGUGCCUCAACAUCGUGAGAGCGCACAAGAUGCAGCAGUUGAAAGAGCAAUACCGAGAGCCGUGGAUGCUGCACAACAGCGGCUUCCGCAACUACAACACGAGCAUCGACGUCCGCCGGCAUGAGCUCUCAGAUAUCACGGAGCUCCCUGAAAAGUCGGACAAGGACAGCUCCAGUGCUUACAACACAGGGGAGAGCUGCCGCAGCACACCUCUCACGCUGGAGAUCUCCCCCAACAACUCUUUAUGCAGGACUGCAGAAGGGCUCGAUCUGCAAGUCAGCGAAGGGGCAGAAGACCAGGGUAGUUCUCAGAAAAAUCUGCUGACGUGCCCAGAAAGUCAAGAGUCCAGUGCAGAUAAGCCACACCCAAAAGAUGCCGAGCCUGACAAGCAACUGGAAAGCAAAGAGAGGAAAGCCACUGAUGGAAGCAAAAGUCCAACUCAGCCCCCCAAACCAGGUGGCUCCUACUUGUCCUCGUACCACCAUUCUCCAUAUAAACACGCCCAUAUCCCUGCCCAUGCCCAACACUACCAGAGCUACAUGCAGUUGAUACAACAGAAGUCAGCAGUGGAAUACGCGCAGAGCCAAAUGAGUUUAGUGAGCAUGUGCAAAGACUUGAACUCCUCAAUCCAGAGUGAACCCAGGAUGGAAUGGAAAGUCAAGGUGAGGAGUGAUGGCACCCGCUACAUCACCAAGAGACCGGUAAGGGACAGGCUACUGAGAGAACGGGCCAUAAAGAUUAAGGAGGAGCGCAGCGGCAUGACCACAGACGACGACGCCAUCAGCGAAAUGAAGAUGGGCCGAUACUGGAGCAAGGAGGAACGGAAGCAGCAUUUGGUCAAAGCAAAAGAGCAGAGGAGAAGGCGCGAGUUCAUGAUGCAGAGCAGGCUAGAAUGCCUCAAGGAGCAGCAAGGGGCCGAGGAGAAGAAGGAGAUGAACAUCAUAGAACUGAGCCACAAAAAAAUGAUGAAGAAACGGAAUAAAAAGAUAUUUGACAAUUGGAUGACAAUCCAAGAACUCUUAACCCAUGGCACCAAGUCUCCCGACGGCACAAAAGUUUACAACUCCUUCCUGUCGGUGACGACGGUAUAAUCUUCCCGUGCCAAAGUUGUGUACAUAAAACCCUACCAUUGGGGUGGAGAUUCCUGCCUCGUUAAAUGCGGCAACACUGGUUGUUUUUUGUAUAUAAAGACACGCUCAUCGAGUUUAUAAUUCAAAGACUGAACUGAGGGUGCAACCCUCCUCAACAGGGGAGAGAAACAGUCACCCACCCAACAUCUUUAAUGGCAAUAUUGAACUGACAGAGCUUAUUUGGAAUACCGAUAGUACCUUUUUUGUAACUUGUUACCCUUUUACAUAAAAGUGUUUUAAAUAUCAGGAAAAAACAUAUUAAUCAUACUUACACAGGUAAUUUUAAAACUAUAUUCAUAUUUAAUUAAAAAAAGGUUACACAUUCAGAAACUCAAAGACAACUUCAAAUAUGUAUUUUUAACAAGCAAAAAAAACCUCCAGUAUUUUGCAAUAUAUCUUUGCUACUGUGCCCUUUUUUCUGCACAUGUUACUGUUUUAUCAAUAUCUUAGCUGAAUUACCAAAAUCCCUAAAGGAUUAUUUUGCAGGAAUAUGCGUCAUUUAUCAAACUGGCUGGGUCUUUGGGACUGGCUAUAC